AUGGCUGCUGGAGUUUUGCAAUAUCCGUGGGUGGUUUUGCCGGCGCUGUCCAAGCGAGGCGGUCAGGUGCUCAAACAUAAUCAGUUUAAUCUUUUUCCCCCUCCAGUUGGUGUUAUCCGCUGUCCUAUUUGUGGACAGGAAUGUGCAGAGAGACACAUCAUAGAUAACUUUUUUGUGAAGGAUACCACAGAGGUUCCCAGUAGCACAGUAGAAAAAUCAAAUCAGGUUUGUACAAGCUGUGAAGACAACGCAGAAGCUAAUGGAUUUUGCGUGGAAUGUGUAGAAUGGCUGUGCAAAACCUGCAUCAGAGCUCACCAGAGGGUUAAGUUCACAAAGGACCAUACUGUACGACAGAAAGAGGAAGUAUCUCCAGAGGCAGUUGGUGUGACCAGUCAACGCCCUGUAUUUUGUCCUUACCACAAAAAGGAGCAGCUGAAGCUCUACUGCGAAACCUGUGACAAGUUGACCUGCCGAGAUUGCCAGUUACUAGAACACAAAGAGCACAGGUACCAAUUUAUAGAAGAAGCUUUUCAGAACCAGAAAGUGAUCAUUGAGACACUGAUCACCAAGUUAAUGGAGAAGACUAAAUACAUAAAAUAUACAGGGAAACAGAUUCAAAAUAGAAUCCUGGAGGUGAAUCAAAAUCAAAAGCAGGUGGAGCAGGAUAUUAAAGUUGCCAUAUUUACACUGAUGGUAGAAAUAAACAAAAAGGGAAAAGCUCUGCUGCAUCAGUUGGAGACUCUGGCAAAAGAGCAUCGGAUGAAACUUCUGCAGCAGCAACAGGAAGUGGCAGGUCUCUCUAAACAGCUGGAACAUGUCAUGAAUUUUUCCAAAUGGGCAGUUUCCAGUGGAAGCAGCACAGCACUGCUGUACAGCAAACGCUUGAUUACUUACCGUCUUCGAUACCUUCUCCGAGCAAGGUGUGAUGCUUCGCCAGUGACUAACAAUACCAUCCAGUUUCACUGUGAUCCUAGCUUCUGGGCUCAGAAUAUUUUCAAUCUAGGUUCUCUAGUAAUUGAGGACAAGGAAACCCCACCACAUAUGCCCAAGAGCCCGGUGAUGGAAACAAACUUACAGCCCCCAAGCAGCUUACCAUCAAACCAGCUGUCCAAGUUCCCAACGCAGAUAAGCUUAGCACAGCUGCGACUGCAGCACAUGCAGCAACAGGUCAUGGCUCAGAGACAGCAAGCUCAGCGCAGAGCAGGUCCAGUAGGUUUAUCAAAUCCAAGAAUGCCAGGAUCCCUGCAGCAAUCUCCUACUUCUCAUCAGCCACCUCCACGCCUGAUUCAUUUUCAGAAUCAUAACCCCAAAUCCAAUGGAUCACCUCUUCCUGCACCACAGAUGAGAUUUCCCUCGAACCAGAACAUACCAAGACAAGGCCUAAAGCCCAACCCAUUGCAGAUGGCAUUCUUGGCCCAGCAAGCUAUAAAACAGUGGCAGAUUGGCAGUGGACAAACUUCAACUACCCCUUCAACUGCAAGCAGCACAUCAUCUACUCCUUCCAGCCCCACCAUCACCAGUGCUGUGGGAUGUGAUGGGAAGACAUAUGUUCCUCCUGUGAUAGAUCUGAGUUCUCCAGUGGGUAGCUCCUACAAUCUACCAUCUCUUCCUGAUAUUGACUGUUCAGGAAAUAUCACACUGGAUAACAUGGUAAGGAAGGAUGGUGCUGCAGAACAGAAUCAGCCAAAACCCCCUUCGAACAGAACAGUCCAGUCACCAAAUUCAUCCGUGCCAUCACCUGGCCUCUCAGGAGGAGUGAGUGUGACAAACAUAAACCCUCCAAUUCGUUCACCCAGCGCCUCCAGUGUUGGAAGCAGAGAGAGUUCUAGCUCUUCCAGCAAACCACCAGGAGCUGAUUCUACGCACAGAGUCCCAGUUGUCAUGUUGGAGCCGAUCAGAAUUAAACAGGAGUCUAGUCCAACAAAUGAGAAUUUUGAUUUCCCAAUUGUUGUAGUGAAGCAAGAAACAGAUGAAGAAUCGCGGCCUCAGAAUACGACCUUUCCAAGAAGCAUACUUACUUCUCUGCUGUUAGACAGCAAUCAUAAUUCCACUUCUGAUGAAGCUGUAUUGAGAACAGAUGCCCCAGACAGCACAGACGAUCAACCAGGGAUCCUGCAGGAAAAUAUGUCCAGUGGGAAGACAGGAUGGUUAGGCCCCCCUCACAUAGCGGAGGGCAGAAAAGAGGAUGAUCCCAAUGAAGACUGGUGUGCAGUUUGUCAGAAUGGAGGGGAGCUCCUUUGCUGUGAAAAAUGUCCUAAAGUAUUCCAUCUUUCUUGCCAUGUCCCUACACUGAUGAACUUUCCAAGUGGAGAGUGGAUUUGUACAUUCUGCCGGGAUCUAUCCAAGCCAGAAGUUGAGUAUGAUUGUGAUAACCCCACUCAAGGCUCUGAGAAAAGAAAAUUGGAAGGCACUGUGGGCUUGGCACCAAUAGACCGUAGGAAGUGUGAAAGGCUGCUGCUGUACCUCUACUGUCAUGAAAUGAGUCUUGCUUUUCAAGAUCCAGUUUCUCCCACACCUGAUUCAGAAGUGGCUGAUGCUGGCAUGAAGCUUGAAGCAUACUUCGAAGAACUUCUGAAGAACCUUUAUCCUGAGCGAAAGUUCCCUUUACAACCAAACUGCCAGAGUGAAAAAGAUAGCCCGGAACUUACGGAUGACUCGGAUGAUGAGUUUGUACAGCCGCGGAAAAAGCGCCUCAAAGGAGAGGAGCGUCCGUUGCUCAAAUGA